UUGCGCCUUCCGGCUGCAAUUGCUUACAACCCCGCCUUUUCCGGUGCAUGCCAGAUCAUGGCGCAGGGGCAGCGCAAGUUCCAGGCGCGGAAGCCGGGGAAGAGCAAAGCGGCGGCUGCGGCCUCAGAGCGGAACCGGGGCCCGAGGAAGGGUGAUCGUGUGAUCGCCCCCAAGAAGUCGCGCAUCGUGCAGCAGCGAAAGCUCAAGAAGGACCUGGAGGUCGGGAUCCGGAAGAAGAUUGAACACGACGUGGUAAUGAAAGCCAGCAGCAGCCUGCCCAAGAAGCUGGCGCUGGUGAAGGUUCCCGCCGAGAAGGAGGCAGCCUCUUCCUCCUCUGCCAAGACACCUUCCUAAGGACACCAGCCCACUGGAGGCCAUCGCCGCAGCCUCCACAGGCGGCACCGCGAGAAGGAGCCGUGCUCCCCGCAGCCUCGGGUGGCAUGCCCCUCAAAUGGCACUGGGGGCCUAGCCCAUGAGCAGGUGAUCAGCAGAUCUGGAGUGCACUGGUCAGCUUCCCAGGGUGCCAAGGACUCUAGAAGGGAAGGAAUGUUCACCGGCUUCCUGUGUCCCCCUCCUCCGGUCUUGUCUUCCCUGGUUUAACCCAGAGCAAUAAACGUGACUGUGA